AUGAGUCGACGACCUCAAACAGCGGUUGACAUUCCCAUCAUCGUCAGUACCCCCGGGCUUCACUGCCAUGCGGAGACAGGCCCUUCCGAAUAUCCUUUUGCCUCGACCACAGGAACCCACGCUGAGAACUGUACCCCAUUAGACCCAGCACGACCGACAAUGAUAUCCCACGCUACCCAAACAGACCCGGAAGAAGAGACGUCAAGCCGCUUCUCCCCUAAAAAGCAAUCGCCAGUCCACUCCAGAUCCCCUUCUAACUCGCGCAAGCCUCACGGAAGCUGGGCUGAACAACUUCUCAGUCGCUUAUCCAGUCCACACUCACAUCACGGUCCCGUCGCGGUCGAUGCAGCCGGUCGACCUCUUCUCACCGCUCCCGGAGUCGAAACGCCCAAACGACCGACGACUCCACGAGCCGAUCUCUACAAAGGUCAGUCCGAUGCCAAUUUUGGCAUGACCUUUGAAAAUUCUGGGGAUGUGCAUUUCAGAAAGGCAAACAAACCCACGGCUUCCCCGUAUAGCUACGAAGAUCAAAAACAUCGGAUGAUGAUGGAUUGGCUAGAGAGGAGAGCUUGA